AAGCCCAAAACCUCUAAAAACCUCCUCAAUUCACUUCAACCCCAUUCUUCAACUCGCCGCCGCCGCCUCCAAAAAUCCCACUCCUAAUCGAGAGCUAACCCGCUAACGAAAUUCGGAAUAUCGGAUUUUCUACAUUUUUUUUUUCCAGCCAAGCUAUCUACGCUCGCUCAGAGUAUAUAUCAACAAUGAUAGCAGCUAUAUCUUGGGUUCCAAAAGGAGCCUCGAAGUCAAUCCCUGCUGUUGCUGAACCUCCUUCUAAAGGAGACAUUGAAGAUAUCUUGAAGAGUGGUGUCAUGGAGAAACGCGACGAUAGUGAAAAUCAGGAGACGGAUGAAGAUAUGGAUUCCAAUGAGUCACAGCUAAAUGAUGAAGUGGCACAUGCAUUAGUUGCUGCUGAUGCACUUGGCAAGGCUUCCAAGAGCACCAAUCCAAUAACUGACAGCAUAACAGAUGCCCUGAAGGACUUAGAAAUGGAUCGUUAUGAUGAGGAGGAUGAUGGUGUUGAGCUGUUUGGCUCUGGCCUUGGGAACUUGUAUUACCCCAGCAAUGAUGUGGACCCAUAUUUGAAGGAUAAUAAUGACGAGGAUGAUUCUGACGAGGAAGAGGAUACAACCAUUAAACCAGAGGAUGCUGUCAUAGUUUGUGCAAGGAAUGAGGACGAUGUCAGUCAUCUCGAGGUUUGGAUAUUAGAAGAUGCGAAAGAUGGCGAUUUGAAUAUGUAUGUACACCAUGAUAUCAUCAUCUCAGCAUUUCCCUUGUGCACAGCAUGGCUUGAUUGUCCUCUUAAAGGUGGAGAAAAAGGGAACUUUGUUGCUGUCGGCACCAUGGAUCCAGCUAUCGAGAUAUGGGACCUGGACGUUAUGGAUGAGAUCCAACCAUCUACUGCAUUGGGUGGCGUUCUUGAGAAGAAGAAAAAGGGGAAGAAGGUUGGUUUGUUAAUUUUUAACUUUUGUUUAGGGCUGGUUUCAAAAUAUGAUAUAUCAUGCUUAUGUUUUCAGGUCCAAGCAGUUGCAUGGAAUCAUUUUGCAUCUCAAGUUCUUCUAAGUGGAUCUUUUGAUCAUUCAGUAGUUAUGAAAGAUGGCAGGAUACCACAUCACAGUGGGUUUAAAUGGUCAGUUGCAGCAGAUGUCGAAAGCUUGGCAUGGGAUCCGCAUACUGAGCAUUCAUUUGUGGUAAGUCUGGAAAAUGGAAUGGUAGCAGGUUUUGACAUUCGUGCUGCUAGCUCAGAUUCAUGCUCUGAGCCUAAGCCAUGCUUCACUCUUCAUGCCCAUGACAAAGCAGUUUGUACAAUCUCAUAUAAUAGCUUUGUCCCUAAUGUAUAGAUCUUCUCUUCAUUUCCUCUCCUUU